CGGGGAGAGACCCUCCUCAGAGCCGGGGCGGAGCGCGCGUCCCGUUCUGCGCAGGCGCGGUGACGUCCCACUAUUCCUUCCCACCUGUGCCCAGCGGCGCGUGGAGGGGCGAGGGGUCGCGGGGACGCGAGGUUGGCGUCGCCAGCCCUGAUGCGCAAUGGGCUGCGCGUUUUCCCGGGUCUACGGAGGCAGGCGGGGUUGAAGCUGGGGCGGCGGGGCUCGCCCGCAUUUCGCCCGCGUGUCUGCGGUUACCUGUGUCUGGAGGACCAGCUUUCUCCAAGGGCUCUACCAUUCCCACCCCUUUGGCCCCACUCCACCACAACCAUUUCUCCAUCUUUGCCUCUUCUCUGGUCUCCCCCACCGCUACGCCCUCCCACCCAGCCUCUUCCCCGAGCUCCCUCACUACCCCUCCCUCAGGUCCAAGCCCUCACCUCACCAUGGGUGGUUCUCCCCCCAGGACAGGUGGAGGAGGGACCAGGACCCGAGUUACAUAGCGGCUGCCUGGAUGGGCUUAGGAGCCUAUUUGAGGGACCUCCCUUCCCCUGUCCUGGGGCUCUGAUACCUUUCCAAGCCCCUGGGACCGCCCACCCUUCCCCUGCCACUCCUUCAGGAGAUCCAAGUAUGGAGGAGCACCUGGCUAUCAUGUAUGAGAGACUGAGACAAGAGCUUCCCAAUCUCUUCCUUCACUCCCACGACUACACCCUCUACUCUUCAGAUGUGGAAUUCAUCAAUGAGAUCCUGAACAUGCGUACCAAGGGCCGGACAUGGUACAUUCUGUCACUGACCCUCUGCCGCUUCCUGGCCUGGAACUAUUUUGCACAACUUCGGUUGGAAGUUCUACAGCUCACCCGCCACCCUGAGAAUUGGACCCUGCAAGCCCGCUGGCGGCUUGUGGGGCUGCCCAUCCACCUGCUCUUUCUGCGUUUCUAUAAGCGUGACAAGGAAGAGCUUUACCGGACCUAUGAUGCCUAUUCCACCUUCUACCUGAAUUCCAAUGGCCUCAUUUGUCGCCAUCACCUAGACAAACUGAUGCCCUCACACUCACCCCCAACGCCUGUGAAGAAGCUGCUAGUGGGAGCCCUGGUGGCUCUGGGGCUGUCGGAGCCAGAACCCAACUUACACCUGUGUUCCAAGGACUGAUUCAGGAACUGGGCAGAGGCAGCACUGAUGACUUUGCUACGCACAAGAGCGGGAGCUGGAGGUGGCCAAGAACCUCAGGAGCCGCCUUCCUCCUCUCUUCUUUCCUUUCCAUCUCAUGCUGUGUAAAGCUGCUAUGUAAUUUAACUUGUAAAUAAUAAAAUCUAAGUGAAUAUAUGA